GGAACUGAUGCGAACGUGUAUUUGUUUCCACACGGAACUAUUAUUGAGCGCGGCGCAUUUGGACAGCGCUACUGUCAGUACAUGCGAAUUAUGAUCAGCCUCAAACUUUUAGACAAUCAUCGAUCAUUGAAUGUUUGUUUAAUUAUUGCUUUAUUUUAGAUCAUGAAUUUCCUCCGCAACCGUUUGGUGGUUUUGGGACUGGUGUUAUUGGCCACAGUGCUUUUGUAUCUGCUCCUGCCCUCCAUACGGCAAGGCAGUAUGGAGCCGUCACUAGAGGUGCAGCAGCGGAUGGGUUUGAUCGCCGCGUCCCCGCCGCCACCGCCGCAGUCCGGCAUCAACAUCACGGUAAGGACCGGACAGCUGCCCGGGGAUCCACCGUUGUUCUUCAGGGAGGCUCUGCCUGUGGACAGCGCUGGGAAACAGAUCCUGCCCAGGUUACAGAUGGUGCUGCUUCACGGUCAGGCCUUCACCUCUAAAACCUGGGAGGAACUGGGGACCCUCGGCCUGCUGGCCUCCAGUGGAUAUCAAGCCCUGGCUCUCGACCUGCCAGGUUUUGGGAACUCCCCCGACUCCGAGUCGGUAAAGUCGGACCAGAGCCGCGUGGAUCUGCUAAAGCGAUUUCUGGAAUCCUUGGGUGUGCGGUCUCCAGUGUUACUGAGUCCUUCUAUGAGUGGCCAUUACGCCUUGCCUUUCCUGCAAAAACACAGCGCCCAGCUGCACGGCUUUGUCACCAUCGCCCCUGUUGGUACCCGUGGCAUCACCCCGCAACAGUACCAGGAAAUCCAGACCCCCACACUGAUCGUAUAUGGAGAGUUGGACACUAAUUUGGGAGCCCAGUCCCAUAAGAACCUAAUUCAGCUGCCACAUCACACCGUGGUGAAGCUGGCCGGAGCUCGACACGCCUGCUACAUGGACAAACCCCGCGAGUUUCACCGCGCCUUGCUGGACUUCCUCAGCAAACUGGACUGAGAGAUAGUUUUUAGAAAGGUGAAGAACAACACAGAGAAUAUAAGUGGGUUGCGGAAUAGAUGAAACGAAGAACUCCAAACAUUGGCCAAGCAUUCUUUCACAUCUCAUAAAUUCCCUUUCUCCACCAUUAUUAAAAUUAAAUGUAUGCAAAAACAAGAACUUGAAGACUAAAUAUAUUUAAUGUCUUUUAGAUUGUAAAAACAGCACUUUUCAUUGGACUGCUGACGUAUUGUGAGAGUUACUCAAUGAACUCUGUCGCCAUACCUUUCCGGUUUCAGUAACAUGGAUGCCAUGGGAAAGAUCAUUUAUGCGUGGGAUCACGCUCUUGAUCCGUCUCAAAUGUUGUUGCCAGUUUGAGUCUCCAGUGGCACACGAAAAUCUCAAUGACUGAACUGAGCUCUCCUUGUUUAUUUUUAACAAUCCGUCUUACUGUGUCUCGGGAGGAAGUGUACAAUUUCCACACCAGCAUUUGGCAUAUACGUAAAUUCGAAUGUAGCAAGUGUUUAUGGUCAAUGAGUCAACCUGUGGUUUUAGCAGCUUAAAAAUAGAAGUUUUUUGCAGAAUUGGACGCCUCUCACAUCUGUGAAUUCACGCCUUUCUUGUCAAAACUCUUACUGGCACGGCAUUGUUAGUGUAACACUGUACAAUAAGGUUGUAUUUGUUAACAGUUAAUGCAUGAACCAACAAUGAAUAAUUAAAUAAUAGCAUUUAACUUAGUUUAUGUUAAUUUCGACAUUUACUAAUACACUUAUAAAAUCAAGCCUUGUAAAUGUUAACAUUAAUAAUUAAUGCACCAUUAACAAGAAUUAGAAAAAUUAUAUUAUUCAUGUUAGUUAAUGCAUUUACUAAUACAACCUUAUUGUAAAGUGUUACCAUUAUUACUUAAAAUACAAUUUUCCCAGACUGCGUACUAAAAAUGAAGAUAGCUCUGUCAUAGUUUGAUCAUCUUAUUUAUUGUUUAUUUUAUUACGUUAAAGCUGUGUGUUCAUACUGUAUUGUGUGUGUGUGUGUGUGGUAUUUAUGUGCAGUGUUCGUAUGUUUAUAAGCUGUAAAUAUGAAUACGUUGUACAGAACACUGAAGUAGCUGUGUAAUGUUGAUAUUGCUAGUGUCACAAACCUGAAAGCCGUCUCCACUGGGACUGAAUUCAGAUUAUUGUGUGCAUGGUACUGCAGAUCCAUAAAUUAUGUUUUUGUUUUGAGGGAAAUAAAGUCAAUAUUACUUUAUAUAAA